ACAAUGGCAUACCGAGUGUGCAAGAGGAUAUACCACAAGAGACUGCACAAUGUGUUGACUCUGAUGUAUUUACACCUGAAUUGCCUCGUCGUAGUGGAAGGGUUGUUCGUCAGCCCGAUCGUUUCAUGUUUGUGGGAGAGUCUUCAGACUUGAUCCCAAGUGAAGAGCAUGAUAGUGAUCCCUGGACCUACAAUGAGGCAAUCCAAGACGUAGAUGCAGAUUCUUGGCAAAAAUCUAUGGAUUCUAAGAUUGAAUCUAUAGAUUUGAUCCGCGAGAAGUACUACCCCAGCUACUAUAGAGCAGAGAUGGAGCGUCAGUUUCUAUCGCUCCAGCAGGGUACUCGUACUGUUGAUGAGUAUGAGAGGGAGUUCACUAGACUUGCAGCUUUUGUUCCUGAUUUGGUUCGCAUGGAGGCCCAGAGAGCACAACGUUUCAUUGACGGGCUUUACCCAGCAGUCCAUCAUAACAUCGUAGGCCACGGGACACAGACGUAUGCUCGUGCUGUUUCGAUUGCCCAGGAGGUGGACGCCAGCAUCAGGAGGGAGGCCGUCCGUGAUCAUCCUCAGCCAUCCGCCCCUGCUCAGUCAUCUUCAGUUCCACCAAUGCCAGCUCUACCAGCUGCCCAGCCACCGAAGAACAACAAGAGGAAGGGGAAAGGUGCCCCGAUGGAUAAGAGGACCCGUCGGAGGCUACAGCAGAUCCCACAGUGCCCGACAUGCGGACGACUUCACCGAGGCGAGUGUCGCUUUGGUCAGGAUGUAUGCUACUACUGUCACGAUCCCGGACACUUCGCGAAUCGUUGUCCGAAGAAGGCGCAACAGCCUCGGCAGCUUCAGCAGCCACCGCAGCAGCAGCAGCCACAGGCCGAGAAGCAGCCAGGUACCAUGUCAGGGAUGGUUGUGCUUAAUAACGUUCCUGUGUUUGCUUUGUUUGAUACUGGAGCGACACAUUCUUUCAUUUCACGCCGAUGUUUUGAUGCCAUCGGAGUUUGCGCUACCACCGCUAUCGAUCGUCUCGAGGUGAGUUUAGCCUCGGGACGAAAGAUAGUGACCUCAUUUAAAGCUUCAGAUCUUAGCCUUUCCAUCAGUGGCCGAGUAUUGUCUACCGACGCAUUUGUUCUCGAGAUGAGGGACUUCGACCUUAUUCUCGGAAUGGAUUGGCUAUCCUUUUAUCAUGCAGAUAUCAGAUGUCAUGACCGGGAGAUUACUCUCUAUCUUCCGGGAGACGAUUCGAUCACUUUCUUUGGAUCCAGGAAUCGUUCAUUGCCUCAUGUUGUUUCGAUGGCAAAAUCCACUAAGUUGCUGCGACGAGGCAACUGCCAGGGUUACCUGGUAAGCCUUGUCGAUGAUUCUCAGAAAGCACGCUCACCUCACGAUGUUCCAGUCGUUCGUGAGUUUGUGGACGUGUUCCCAGACGAGCUUCCGGGAGGACCGCCUAACCGGCAUGUGGAGUUCUCUAUCGAUCUCAUUCCAGGAGCCGGUCCAGUAUCCAAAGCCCCAUACCGUAUGGUGCCAAAGGAGUUGCAGGAGCUUAAGGCACAGAUUCAGGAGCUGUUACGACUCAGUUUUAUCCGACCGAGCGUGUCGCCUUGGGGAUCACCCGUUCUCUUUGAUAAGAAGAAGGACGGAUCUAUGUGCAUGUGUAUCGACUACCGGGAUAUGAACCGGUUGACGAUCAAGAACAAGUAUCCGCUUCCCAGGAUCGACGACUUAUUUGAUCAGUUGAGGGGAGCCUGU